GCCGCUAUGUYAGCGGUGUCACACAGUAAACCUUCCCCUCAGUUCACAACAAACAUGGACGGUAGAGUUCGUCGGGGCAGGGGAGGCAGCUGGAAGCGAGGCGGCCGGGGUGGAAACGACGCCGACGGUGAGCCCAGAGGCCGUGGAAGAGGAGGCCACCACCGCGGCCGAGGAAAACGAGACCACCACCGGGGUCGUGGACGAGGAGGAGGUUCCCACGCGGACUUCCCUCAACGGCACCAAGAUGAAGGAGAAAUGGUUGAGGAUGAGGAUGACGGAGCAGAGGUGUUCUCCAGGAGGAAGUUGGAGUCAAACUGGGACCGUUACGAGGAGGCGGAGAGGGCGGAGGAAGAUGAUGAGACGCCCACCCAGAGAGGAACGGACUACCAUGUGCUGCUGGGGUCCUCAGGGGAUUCGUUCAGUCAGUUCCGCCUGUCAGAUGAGAAGGACUGGGAGACGGACUCGUUCAGCACCUGUCAG